GUUUAAUAUGUUUAAUAUUAAUAUUGAUUAUCUUAAUGUUGCACUGGUUUUUCAGUUUUCUCCUAUACACAAUCAAGUUAACGUAAACGAUUGUUUACACUAUGUACAACCUCUAUCGAAAAUUGGUAUCGGCGUGGCGAGUUGACAGGUGAGGAGCAACAGCAAUACGCCAAGUGAUUGCAUUUUGCAACCGGACAAACAACAUCACUCUGCGUGCAGGUAGAAGCGCGUGUGGCUUUAUAUGUCCUCUGACGGAAGUUGCAUAGCAUGACGAUCUCGUUAGUAUCACAAUUUUAUCGGGAAUCAAAUUAUAUUCUUGCAAUAAUAUCGUUAAAUAGCAUCAGCCUUGUUCGUCCUGAUCCUGAUCUACACGGUUGACCUCCGCGUUAUUUCUAUAAUAUAUAACUUAUACUGGGGAAUCCAACAAAUUCAUACAUAACACGUGAUGUGCAGCAAGAGGGACACUCACUUAUUCCGCGAACCAACAGCUGUAGUACCAUGCUAUUGUAUCAUGUUACGUAUGAAUACAAAUUACAUACGCUUAUAUGUGCGAUUACUCAUAAGUUGGACCUGGCUAGCCUCAAACGGGCUAUCAAAUGUAAUUGCAUUGCGAACUGUUAAAAACUUAUAGUUUACACAAUUUAUACAUUUUUAUUAUGCAUUUGUCCGUGCAUCUAACGUUAGAAAAACAUUAUUGCAUUUAAUAUGUGCUAAAUUGUUAUUCUUCUAUCAAUGCAAGCCAAGAAAAAUAACAAUUUGAUAAUAUUCUAUAAAAGAUUUACAAUUGACAUACGUAGCACAAUAAGAAAUACAGGUUUUUUUAUAAUUAUUGUUCAGCUAAACUUUAGUUUAUGUCAAAUUUGAAUAAAUUAUAUGGAUAUGAGGUAAAUUAGGAAAAUAAUUAUAUACAAGUAGUUACGAAUAUUCCCCGGGGUGCAUUAUAUAAGCGUAUAUUUGAGCGCAAUAAUAUAUAUAAUAUACUUAUGAAACAUGUUCGGUAGAAUGUUAGUUGGUAUAAAAUAUAAUUUACAAUUCAUUUAUUCUGUCAGAAUUGUUGAUGCACUUAUUAGCAUAAAGUUCCAAGAAGGAAGACCGAAAUUAGAACUUGAAGAGAUGCAUUUUUCUCAACCAUUUGUACAUUGUUAUCGAUAGGAAACUUUAGGUGGUGAAGUACCUAGCCAAAGUAUAUAGAUGAGUAUAGAAGCACGGUUCUCGGUACCCCGGGAUUACACGAGCUGGGAUACUUGCGUAUAUAGUGAGUACCCCAGCCAUUUGCAUUCCAGAGAAUAAUAGUACCAAAUAGUACUGUCAAUAUCGAAGGUAAUACAAAUGAUACUGCACUGCUAACAGCUGUAACAUAAUAGCAAAGAAUAUAGAUCAUCUAUAUUCUUUGCCCGAGCUACCAAAAACCGUGCUUCUAUAUUUGUCUAUAUUCUUUGACCUAGCACUCUAGACUCGCUAGUUUUUCAGGUACUAGCCCUACAAACAUAAUUGGCUGAAACAAAGCUAUUUGGUCUGCUCCAUGCCAGAUACAAAAGUAGACUCAUCCAGAGCGGUUGAAAAUGCUACAUUUGCAACUCUUAUUAUCUUUUGCUUUUAUAUUUCUCGAAUGUUAAAGUCUUUUAAACUGUUUUUACUUAACUACGCAUUGUCUAGCGUCUAAGAAUUCUCUAUAGUGCGCAUGAGUCUGCUGCAAAGACAAUGGACACCGACGCUACACGACACUUCAUUCAGAAUCCAGAUGCAGUCUGCCUGCGUCAUACAGCAGCGUACCAAAUCAAUCGUGGUUCAUCAAAGCAUCAGAUUGUACCCUGUCUCGGAAUGACAGACAUCAGCAUCCACGGAGACAAGAAUGAUGUGACUGAUUACACGACGCCGUCACUAUCACCUCCUCUUCCCAUUGAUUUCGAAAUUCAUUGCAAGCCAGAACCAUGUUCCAGCAUACUGAAUUCGACUAAUGAAGACCCAUCGGAGUUUGUUGAUCUCUCAACAUUGCACAUUCCAAUAUCUAUACCAGCGAUAACAAAUCCAAUUGUUUUGUUAGAAAGAUGUGACAACAUUUGGAAGACAUUACAAUUGAUAAAGGUUGUUCAAACUAAAAAACCAGCAGAAAUCAAUGAUGACACUGAAGAAGAUAAAGAGGAAAAAGUACAACAUUCAAAUAAAAUUAAACAUCAUGUAUCAUAUAGAAGACAGAACCAAUCUACAUUGAGAAGUUAUAAUACAGCAUCAAUACCUUUUAAAUUUUCUGUCCAAAGAACAAAAAGAGUAUAUCCUUGCACUACAUGUGGCAAGCAAUACAUGGAAAUGCGAUCCUUAAGAAACCAUACAGAAAGAGUACAUGGGAUUAUUAUUCCAUACGUCAGACGUAAAGGUGUAAAAAAAAAUUCACAUUUAUCCAACAAAAAGGACAUCGACAAUGGUAAUCCAGUUACUUUACUUAAUAAAGAAAGUAAUAAUUUUGAAAAUCCUAAUAAUGACAAAGAUCCACAUGGAAAAAUUACUGCAAAAACAAAACUUGUUAAUACUGAAACUGUUGCUUCGCGACCUACAGUAAGGAAGUUUGUCAAAUGCACAUUAUGUCAACAGAAAGUAAUAUCUCUAAGAAAACAUUUAAUUCAUUAUCAUAAAAUUGGUGGUUCUUCAAGUGUGGUGGAACAACUACAAUCUUCAUUAUUGAUUGAGAAUGGAGCAUCAUCUAAAGAUAAAAAUGCUACAUUAGAAGAUAUAUCCUCUAAGAAAUCUCCACAAUCUGCUAACAAUAAGAUGAAUACGCAAGAUGGAUUUCGCAUAAUGGAUAAUGAAGCUGAUACUCGUAAAACAUCUCAAGUUAAGAGAAAACGAAAAUAUACAUUUUCUUAUACAAAUGCAAAGAAGAGAUCUAAGUUAAGUCAGAAAAAGAAUAAUGAGUAUGUAUUUACUCGACAUAAGCCUGCAGUAACACAGGAACACGCAUCUGUAAAUGAUACCUCAUACAAAUGUGACAUUUGUUUAGGAAUAUAUGCAAGUGAUCGUAGUUUGUACAAACAUCAACGGAAUCACAUUUUUCGUGGAGAAACUAAAGAAAAUUUUCACAAUGUCAAAUGUAGAUAUCUUAAUUCACCAUUUAAUAAAAAUUACAAAUUAUUACAAUCUUCCACAUCAAGUCAUACAACUACAAACAACAUUAACAAUAGUGUCAAUAAGGAUUUACAAUUAAAUAACUCUAAGCGUAAAACAUUUAAACGCAACAGAAAGGUUUCCAAGAUUAAUCAAGCACUCUACAAUAGAAAAACAGACAAUAAUGAAUUUAUUUGUGUAUGUGGAAGAUUAUUUCGAAAUCCUCAUACUUUGUUCAUUCAUAAACAAAGCUGUGAAUUAUUUAAACAGGAAGAUACAACAUCGCAGCAUGCUACAAGUAUUAAUAGUGAUUCUGGAAGUGGUAUUAGUAUAACGAUAAAGAAGCUAAAUAAUUCUUAUGAGAUUGUUGGUAAAGACAAUAAUGAAAAUAAAUUCAAAAAAUCUGAAAUUUAUUUUAAAGAAAACAAUUUGUCAACAUUUAACAGAUUUGAUCGCACCAAAGAGUCUGUUAAUUUAUUCACUAAACGAGGAGAAGGACCAGAUAAUUCUGGAUUAUUUAAUUACAGUAAAGAUCAUAGCUUUUUGAAGUUACAUGUUACAGAUGAAGAUGUAAUUAUUGAUGUUGAAGAUGAUGAACAAAUUGAAUUUGAUAAAAAUAAUACAUCAAAACAAAUUAUUACGCAAGAUGAUAAAAGAUAUAUGUUAAAGGAGCAAGAUAAUAUACAAAAUUUAAGAAAUGAACAAGUUCUUGAUAAAAAUCGCACAUUGAAACAAAUGUGUCAAAACGUUCUAGAAAAUAAUAGUCUUAAAAACAAUCAGUUUGAAGAUCAGGAAAUACACCAGGAAGAUGUCAAGAUUAAACGUCGGAAAAUUCAUCAGGAAAAUAAGAGAAAGUUACGGUCUUCAAAUAAACGAUGUCGAAAUACUGAAAAAAAGUUUGAUAAUUUGAACGAUAAAACAGAGGUUUGUAUGACGAAAUUUGAUCCAUUAUCAUUAUGUGGAUAUUGUAAUGAAGAGUUUCAGACAAUUAACUCAUACCAUAAUCAUCAGUGUAUUGUUAAAGUGGGAAAACCAUUUGAUGAAUUUUCAUUAGAGUUAUUAUGUUUCUAUUGUGGAGAUGUAUUAACUAAUUUCAAUGAGUAUGAUAAGCAUAUAAGAGUCAAACAUUUUGGUAAUGCAUAUCAUUGUUACUUAUGUAUUGAAGAAUUCUUGAACGAUAAAGCGCGAUUACAACAUAUACAUUUGGAACAUAACAAUAUGUCUUGCAGAUUUUGUAAUGAAAAAAUUUCUUUUAGAGUCAAAGCUUUACAUGAAGGUUAUCAUUUAGGUUUUGGUUUUCCCUGUCAUAAAUGUAAAAAAAGUUAUACGAAUGAAAAGAAUCUUUCCUAUCAUAACUAUAAAAUACAUCCAAAGACUGAUUAUCAAAAAACUUGUACCAUAUGCUUAAAGACUGUAAAAAUUCGAGGUUUGCGCAUUCAUAUGGCUACACAUAAACUUAAUUCUUGUUAUUUUUGCGGUAAGCUGUUUUCUAACAGGACAGGUUUAGAGUUCCACACCAUGAUGCAUCAUGGUACACAGUCUAAAUUAAAGUGUAAUGUCUGUGGUACACGUUUCUUCACUAAGAAACAGCUCGAGAAACAUGCAAAUGUAGAUGGCUGUAAUAGUGGCAUGCAAGGAAUGAAAAAUGGAAAUAUAGCAGCAUAUUAUUAAAAAUAUUUUUUGUUUAAAGAUAGUAGUAUAAACAUCAAAUAGAGUAAUGCGAAAAUUAAUAUCAGACAUAAAUUAAAAAUCUUGCAUCUCGAAUUGUUUUAAAUUUAGUAGAGAUA